AUGGCUAACCUCAUUGCUACUAUCUUCAUCAUUAUAUUCUCCCAAAAUGUGAUGGCCACAGGAGGGUUGAACGGUUUGCCCAUUCUGAACGGGAUUAUUCCGACGGUUCCCGCGUUUCCAGGAAUGAAAACUCGAAUCGGCCAAUUUGUCCACCCUGGCAUCUGGCAUACGCACGAUGACUUAGAACGUAUGAGGGUCGGAGUCGAGGUGGAUGAAGAACCCUACGCGUCGGCCUUUAUAAAGUUUAGUGCAGAUCUAUACUCGGCUUCUAACUAUAGUAUGCAAGGACCCAAACAAGUCAUUUGUCGAGGAUCAUGCAGCAACUAUACAACAUUCUCGAACGAUGCCCGAGCAGCAUGGCAGAAUUCUAUCAUGUGGUACAUCACCAGAGAUCAGCGCCAUUGGGAUACAGCUGCCGUGAUCCUAGACGCUUGGGGGUCAAAUCUAACAGACGUGAUCGGCACUGAUACAUCCCUCCUUGUAGCUUUAGACGGUGACCUAUUCGUCAACGCCGCAGAGAUUAUGAGAUGGGAAGGUGGAUGGGUUGAGGAGGGUGCCAAACCUUCGGGGACAUCAGGAUUCUCUAAUCAGCUCUACUGGUUGUUUGCAAGACAGUCUAUUAUAAUCGGCCAGGCUAACUAUGGGCUGGCUAGCAUUAAGGCUCUCUUGUCGUUUGCGGUAUACCUUGACGACGUCGCAAUGUAUAACUAUGCGCUCAAUGCAUAUCAGAAUGAUUUAUGCGCCGGCGUUCUCGGAAAUUGGGACGCGGAGACUGGACAGGGCGCCGAAACCGGCAGAGAUCAAGGCCAUGCCACGACGGCGCUCGGUUGGGCUGCCGAAGCCUCUCGAGUAGUUCAGUCCCAGGGAUAUGAUAUCUACUCGCUUCAUGAUAACUUAAUCCUCAAGGGAGCCGAAUAUACUGCCAAGUACAAUCUAGGUUAUGAGGUGUCAUAUGACCCAAAGUUUUACCGGUGCGAAGCGAUUCUAGUCAACGGCCCUUGGAGUAUGCCUUCAAACAUUAGUCGCGGCGCUGCUAGCGGACCGCAUGUAUGGAAUAUAUUUUAUUAUCAAUACGUCAUCAAGAGAGGCCUCGACGCGCCAUACGUAUCAGAAGCCAAGUCAGCUCACGAUGCAGCUGGUGGUGAACAGACCAGCAAUGGGAAGCUCUCGACUGACCAUCCAAUGUGGGGUGAUCUUAUAUGGUCAUAUCCGAGCCGUAAGGACAUCUUAAAUGAUAGCGAUCAUACUACCUAA